UCUUCCGUGGGCUUUUUCUUCCCACCUGCUAUGCAAUUCUUAAUGCUCAAUCAACAUCUUUUUAAGCACGGAUUGUGGAAGAUAUUAAUCACCAUUCGUGAAGGCACAUGUAUCACCCCUGCUUUGCUCUGUGAAUUUGCCUGAAUUCACUGUUUUUCACAAGUUGCAAAAAUGGUGUCUGAUAUCAUAAGAAACCAUAUUGUAUCUCUCAUGUCUCUCUGUUGUGAGAAUAUUGUAUCCUUAGCCCUGACUUAUCUUCAGCAAUUCUACUGUGCUUUUCCCAUCCAGAUUUUUAAAACUGCAAUUUUGAGCUUUGGCAGUGAUGAAAGCUUAGAAUUCAUACCAGAUGAGCAGGGCCCAGCUUAUUUAUCCAUAAUUGAUGAGGUGGGUAGUACUGCUGAGAAUGAAAAGUUGUUGCAGAACAUAAAAAAAUGGGAGCUUGCAAGAAUUUUUCAUGUUUUGGACAGCAAUAGGGAUGGCAUGGUGAGCACAGAGGACUUACAAGAUUUGCUUGAAAAGCUUGGUCUAGAGUACUAUUGUGAUGGUGCUCUCAAAAUCAUGACAAAUUUUCCAGAACAUAUGAGCUUCGAUGAAUUCUGCAGAGUUUGUGUGAGUUUGGUAGAAGAUUUUGAAUGUGCAGAGGGGGUGAAGCAGGUGUCUGAGAAAGAGGAGUUGAAGGAAGCAUUCUGUGUUUUUGACAAAGAUGGUGAUGGUUUUAUCACCCCACCUGAGCUUCAAAAUGCCUUACUCAAUCUGGGUUUCAGAGAAGCAAACGAGUUGCAGAAUUGUGAAGCAAUGAUAGCUAAAUUUGACAAAAAUUCUGACGGUAGGAUAGAUUUUGAGGAAUUUGAGAAUAUGAUGACGAUUGUAAACUGAGUUUACAAGAAAAUUGGAUUUUAAAUGUCAAUAUGUUAACAGCUUGAGAGGUUAAAUGGAUGUACAUGUAUAGUUCUUUGAACUAAUAAUUGAUGUAACAGAGAAUGAGCAAAAUACAAGUAAUAGUUUGCUGUAAA